AUGGCCCUGAGGGCGCUGCGGGCGCUGCCGCUGCUGCUGGCCGGGCUGGGCGUGGUGUGCGCGGAGGAGAGCGCGGGCCCGGCCGUUCCCGGUCCCAUCCCGGCCGUUCCCGGUUCCAUCCCCGCCGUUCCCGGUGCCAGCCCCGCCGUUCCCGGUUCCCCGCGCCGCCGUUACUCGGAGGCCACGCUGGCCAGCGACUACAGCCGCACCAUGGACCACGUGCUGCGCAGGAACUUCGUGGAGUGGCUGCUGGCCCGGCGCGAGAGGAAAAGGCACGACAGCGCGGAGCUGCUCAGGAGGGAGGCCCAGACCCCAAAAGGGGCCGGGGAGGGGCAGAAAUCCCAUUUGGGAAUUGCGGGAGCCCCAGGGCUCCUGGGAUGGCCUGGGAAAAACCGGGAACAGCAGAGUUUUCCAGCUCUGGAGGGCUCCGAGGGCCUGAGGGAAUUCCUGGAGCAGGAAUUCCUGGCGUGGCUGAUGUCGGGCGAGCUCUGCAGGGCCACGUGA